AUGCUUCAAGGAAUUGGCAACCUUCCUAGAUUCAAAGGAGUCAUUGAGAAGGCAAAGAGCUUCACCAUCUACAUUUAUGCACAUCACAAGACUUUGGCAUUGAUGAGAAAGUAUACGAAGAAAAGAGACAUAGUGAGGCCGGGAGUUACAAGAUUUGCAACCGCUUUCCUCACUUUACAAAGCUUGAUGGAGAAGAAGAAUGAGUUGAGAGCUAUGAUUACUAGUAGUGAAUGGAGUGAAACCAAGCAUGCAAAGAGUGUAAAGGGGAAGGCGGCCAUGAAUAUUGCUUUGAGUGCUUCUUUUUGGAAUGGGGUAAGUCUUUCUUUAAAAGUUUUUGCUCCUUUAGUCAAGGUGUUGCGUAUUGUUGAUGGGGAUAGAAAGCCAUCAAUGGGCUUUGUGUAUGGAGAGCUAAUUAGAGCUAAAGAGGAGAUUAAAAAGGUAUUCAAAGAUCAAGAAGCUCAUUAUCGGCCAAUUCUUGACAUUGUUGAUGCGAAAGCCCGUGAUCGACUUGAUAGUCCAUUGCAUGUAGCGGCCUACCUCUUAAAUCCUUACUACACAUUUGCCGAUCCAAGCCUUGAAAAUGAUGAGGUGGUCAUGGAUGGAUUUUUUACUUGUGUUGAGAAAUUAUUUCCCGACAUCCAAACUCAAAAUUUGGUGAUAAAUAUAGAGUUGCAUAAGUAUUUGAAGAAAGAGGGUCUAUUUGGAAGGAAUGUAGCCAAGGAGGGAUGCAAGCAAAAUGAUGACGCAUACGAUCCGGUUGGAUGGUGGAACCUUUAUGGAAACAAUGUGCCAACCUUGAAAAAAAUGGCAAAAAGGAUCCUUGCAUUGACCACAAGUUCAUCGGGAUGUGAAAGAAAUUGGAGUGCUUUUGAGGGGAUCCAUACAAAGAAAAGGAAUAGACUAGACACAACAAGGUUAAAUAAUUUGGUCUAUGUCCAAUUCAAUGCAAGAAUUCUUAACAAGAAGAGAAGAGAGAAAGAGAAGAAUGUGGAUGUACUAAUUGCUAGUGAAGCUAAUAUGGCACAAGGAUGGAUUGUUGAUGGUGGUGAUGAUGAUGUUGUUUCGGAUCUUCCUAGUGAAAGGGUUGGAGAGGAAUCGGGAGUAGAUGGUGGCUUAGAGCCUAGGAGAGGUCCUAGAAUCCAAGAAAUUAGGGAACUUGAUGAGGAUGAUUUUAUAUCCGAUGAUGAAGAGGAAAUAGAUGACUUGUAA